AAUGACAUAUAUGAAGCCUGCAGCAAUGAUAACUGGAAAAAGAAUGCACACAAAAAACAGUCCAAUGGAAAGAAAAGUAAAGCUCCUGAGAAUCAAAAAUGUGGGUGUUUAAAGCUGCUGCUUCUAUUGCUGUGUUCUGUGCUAUUGAGUGUUGUCUCCUCUCUGGGUGUUUACUAUGUCACCGUCAGUAAAUUUAAAGAAAAUGAAGAUGUCCUGCAGCUCAACCUUAUUAGAAUCCAAGAAGAACUUAAUACUUUUACAAGAAAACUUCACUGUGCUGCAGCAAAAUGUGACACAACUGAAAAAUGAGAACUCAGCACUGAAUGAGAACUACAAGGAGCUGCAAUUAAAUAUUACAGAGCUGGAAAAUGACAACAAGAAGCUGCUAUCAAAUAUUACAGAGCUGGAAAAGAACAACAGUGAGUUACAAUCUAGUCACGUUAAACUUCAUUCUACAAUUUCUUCACUUAAUAAGAGUCACACUGAGCUGACUUUGAGAUUUAGAGCUUUGGAUGAAUUCUGUCCUGUUUCAAACCAGCUGACUCAGGCAAGGAAGUGCAGUUUCUGCCCAAACAAAUGGCUACAGUCAAAGGGAAAUUGCUAUUACUUCUCGACAGAUAAACUGAACUGGGAUGACAGUCGCAGUAACUGCAGAUCAAUGAAUGGACACUUGGCGAUAAUAGAGAGCAAAAGGAGCAGAGUUUAUUACCAAAUAAGCCAGCAUAACUGA